AUGGCGACACACAACCACCCAACCAUCUUGGAUGAGAAGGCCUACACCCAGCAUGAAGAAUACGUGGAGACCGUGCCCAACGAGGCGAACGUAUUGACCCCUGAGGAAUUGGAGACUGAGAAGAAGUUGCGUCGCAAGAUCGAUUUUCUGAUUAUGCCUCUGGUUGUUUUGGUGUACUUGAUGAACUACAUUGAUCGCAACAACUACGCCGCCGCUCGUCUACAAGGCCUCGAGAAAGAUCUAGGCCUGAAAGGUGACCAAUAUCAAGUUGGCCUUUCGCUCUUCUUCGUUUCCUACAUUCUGAUGCAGUUGCCGAGCAAUCUGAUGCUGAAUUACUGCGGUCGUCCCUCCUGGUACUUGGGUUUCUUCAUUAUUGCUUGGGGUCUGGUAUCUGCCGUGACCAGCCAGGUCCACAACUACGCCGGUAUCCUUGCAAUGAGGUUCUUGCUCGGUGUUACUGAAGCACCCUUCUUUCCUGGCAUCCUCUUCUAUCUCUCGAAGUGGUACACCAAGAAAGAACUGAACUUGAGAAUGUCCUUGUUUUACGCAGGCUCAUUGCUGAGCGGUGCCUUCGGCAGUUUGAUUGCUGCUGGUAUCCUCAAAGGACUCAAGGGACGUGAUGGAAUGGAUGCCUGGCAAUGGCUAUACAUUAUCGAAGGUGUGAUUACCAUUGGCGUUGGCAUAAUCAUCGUCUUCCUUUUGCCUGAUUUCCCCGAAACCUGGAAAGCCCUGUCUCCUGAGAUGAGGCACGUCGCCAUAAAGCGCCUCUCGCUCGAUGCCGCCGAAGCCGACAAGGACGAGGAAGGUGCCAUGUCGCAGUUGAAGGGAGUGAAGAUGGCUGUCGCAGAUCCCAAGACUUACAUUCUUGCCAUGAUGUACUUCUGCAUCACUGGCGCUGCUGGUUACCAAUACUUCUUCCCAACACUCACAAAGUCUCUUGGCUACAACAACUUCAUCUCUUUGCUCUUGGUUGCACCACCAUACAUCUUCAUGGUUUUCUGGUCGCUAUUCCACUCCUGGAUGUCAGACAAGAGAUCCAACCGCUUUUGGUUCUUCGUUUACCCGAUCCCUAUUGCCAUCGUUGGCUUGGUCGUAUUCAUGACUUGCAAGGGCUUCGGCCCUCGCUAUCUCUCUUUCUUCUUGAUGAUGUUCGUCUUCACCAUCAACGGAACACAGUUCGCAUGGAUCUCAAGCUCAAUUCCAAGACCACCUGCCAAGCGCGCUGCUGCUCUGGCCAUCAUGAAUGCUCUGGGAAACUCGACUUCUAUCUGGACUUCUUUCACUUACCGUAACGGCGACAAGCCUUACUACCGCCCAGGACUUGGUAUUGCGGCUGGAUUGUUGGUCCUUGCAUUCUUCCUUGCUUGCACCUUGCGCUGGUACUUGCAGAGACAGAACAAAGCACUUGAGGAGCUGGAGAACGAGGGCUCAAACCUUUCGCCAGAGCGUUUGAGAAUGUUGAUGAAGAGGGCGGAAGUCACAGAUCUGUCCUUCAUGCAGAAGGGCUUCCGUUACCUAGUUUGA